UAAGUACUUAUUAAAAACAACUCUGAUAGUUUAAGCAUCAUUUUACUUCCAUUUUAGACAUCUGUGCAUAAACAAGCAGCUAUUAUUUGUGCAAGAAAAAAGUGCGUCAUUCUCAAAGGGAAUUUUGUGAAAUAAAAUAUUACAACUCAAAAACUUUACACAAAACCAACGUCUUGGAAACAAUUGAAGAAUUAUAUAUUGAGUAAUUAAUUCAACAGAAACAUGUCGGGCACAUCUCAAAAAUACAGAAAUUUCGUCGCCGAACCUAUGAGCGAUAAACCUGUCACGGAUCUGGCGGGCAUAGGAGAAACUUUAGGUGGACGUUUAAUAGAAGCUGGUUUUGAUAAAGCUUAUACAGUGCUGGGUCAAUAUUUAGUCUUGAAAAAAGACGAAGAACUUUUUAAGGAAUGGAUGAAAGAUACAUGUAAUGCUAGUUCCAAACAAGCUUCCGAUUGCUACAACUGUCUCAACGAUUGGUGUGAAGAAUUCUUGUAAAUAGUUUUAGGUUUUUUUUUUAUUUAUUUCUUGUUUUUGGAGAAAAAAUUAAUAUAAUUUCAAUUUAAAUGUUGCAAUUAACAAACUAAUUUUUUUACUGUGCGUAAUUUCAUGUAAUUAACAUAGAAAACUUGUAAUUUAUAAAUAUUUAAGAUUUUAUUAAUAAAGCAAAAAAAAAAA